UGCAGAUGCUCUUACACUUUAUCCUCCAAAACACACUGCAUCCUCUCCAUCUAACCUUCCAUGGAAAACUGAAAACUGCUUUCGUUGUCCUCCACCGCUUUCUCUCUCCUGUUCUGAUAUUCUUCUCUCUCUGUCCGCCGUUUACCGCCGCUACAAAUUGAAGUUCUUUUUUUUCGAUUACUCACUCGAAACCCAUUUUUCCUGAAUGCAUAAUCAGGUCGCCUUAUCCCUAAAAUCCAAUUAUGCCCUCUUUUCUUCCUCCUCAGCUAAAACCCACCAAAGCCCUAGAUCAUCUCCUUCGGUGGCGAGGAUGGAUUUCUGUCACAAUUGGGUCUUGAAAUGUAGAGGGACCGAGAUCCCUGCCGCCAAGCAGCACCUUAAUUCGCCGAGCUUCAGCCGUGGGUCGGUGGUUGAUGACCGGAGUACGUCAGCCGGAGUUAAGGAUGUUGACGUGGCUACAAUCGGGAACCUCUGCGUUGAUAUUGUGCUCAGCGUCCCGAAACUGCCCCCGAAGUCCUUGGAUGAGCGCAAGUCAUACAUGGAAGAAUUGUCCAAGUCGCCUCCGGAUAAGGAAUUCUGGGAAGCUGGCGGUAAUAGCAAUAUGGCCAUAGCUGCAGCUAGAUUGGGACUUCGGGUUGUCUCGAUUGGCCAUGUUGGUUCCGAAAUCUAUGGCCGUUUUCUCUUAGAUGUGCUUAAUGAUGAAGGAAUUGGAAUGGUUGAAAUGGAUGAGCAUAAGCUGCAAAGCGAUGUAAUCGAGACUUUAUCCACUUCAUACGAAACCCUUCUGUGCUGGGUUUUGGUGGACCCUCUGCAAAGGCAUGGCUUUUGUAGCCGUUCAGAUUUCAGUGAAGAGCCUGCAUUUAGUUGGAUGAACUCACUUUCCAUUGAGGCCAAGAUGGCUAUAAGAAGGUCAAAAAUCAUUUUCUGCAACGGUUAUGGAUUUGAUGAGCUGUCACCUAAAUUGCUCAUGUCUGUUUUGGAUUAUGCUGUUGAAGUGGGGACGUCUGUCUUUUUCGAUCCUGGGCCACGAGGGAAGUCGCUGAUUAAUGGAACACCUGAAGAACGAAAAGCCCUCGACAAGUUCCUGAGGAUGAGCGAUGUUCUUCUUUUGACUUCUGAAGAGGCUGAAUCGUUAACUCGAACAGAGGACCCGAUAUUAGCGGGCCAAGAGUUGCUCAGGAAAGGAAUUCGCACAAAGUGGGUGAUCAUUAAAAUGGGCCCAAAAGGCUCUAUUCUGAUCACCCCUUCUAGUAUAUCUUGUGCCCCUGGGUUUAAGGUGAAUGUCAUGGACACUGUUGGAUGUGGGGACAGUUUUGUGGCGGCUAUUGCAUUUGGGUUCAUACACAAAUUGCCACUUGUGUACACACUAACUAUUGCAAAUGCUGUGGGGGCAGCAACUGCUAUGGGUUGUGGUGCUGGUAGGAAUGUCGCGCAUCUGAACCAGGUUAAGGAGCUUUUGAGAAGAUCGAAUCUCAAUGAGGACGAAAAUUUUUGGGAGAAUUUGCUUAAAGAACAUUUGGAUGAUCUGGAAACUAUGGUACUCACAAAAGCUUCCGUAAAUGGAUUCAAUAACCGGCUCAAGCGCGCGUCCUUGCAGAAAGUGGUUUGUGAACUGCUGCCGAAGCUCGAGCAUGCACAGGCAAAUCAGGUUGGUGCAUGUUGAUUUAAAACGACUGCAAGUUUUGAAUUGUCACCCAAUUAGAUCAUCUUUUUUUUUUUUGGAAAAUAUCGGUUGGAUAAGAUACUAGAACAUCUAUCUCAGUAUACUUGCAUUAUUACAGUGCUGAAUUCUUGCGAAUACCUAGAAUAUUUAGAUCUACCCUUAAUUGGGUGAGGUUGCAUAUUUGGUGGCUUUGUGCUCUUGUAUUUUAUUCCUAUUUAUGACGUUCUGAAUAUAUUGUUUGGCCUGGCUGGCUGCUCUUGUACUGGAAAAUUUUGUGUUGUUUCCGAAUGGUUUUGGACAGAUAUUGAGAUCAAAUAAAUUUGGGUUUGAUUCUUGAAGAUGGUCUUCUCUGAAAAUCACUCAUGUAGAGGAUUCGACUUUCGAACCGCAUUUCUAAAGUUCAUUAGAUUGGAUAUAUGAAGUCAUGAAGAGAUCAUGUAAGCAUAACAGGCAAUACAAAACACUUGUUCAUAUGUGAGGCGGCCUAAAAGUUAGACAAGUCGGCCCGUUAUACUCUGGUGGCCUAACAGUUAGACAAGUCGGCCCGCUAUACUCUGUCAAUCAUUCGAUGAUCAAUAAACAGAUGGACAGCAUUUCUCUCUUCUUCUUUUUUUUUUUUUUUU